UUCAGCGGACCAUGAAUAUGACCUUCGCUGAGUUCGUUAACAAAACCCGACUGACCCAGCCCCUGAUCAAUUUCUGCGUGAUUGUGUACAUGGAUGAUAUUUUGGUCUUUUCAAAAACACACGAGUACCACGUGGAACACAUUGAGUGGGUUUUGCAUGCAAUGAAAGAUGCGGGGUUCAAAGUGGCCUUUAAGAAAAGUGAGUUCUUCUUGUCAGAGAUCUCAUUCUUGGGGUAUAUCGUCACGGUCGACGGACUAAAACCGGAUCCGAGGAAGGUGACAGCAGUUCAAGACGCCCCGGCGCCGGUCACACUCACCCAGGUUCGGGCUUUUCUAGGGCUGACAUCCUAUUACCGACGCUUCAUCAAGGGGUUCGCCGGCAUAGCGAAGCCCCUCACGAACCUGCUGAAGAAAGAGGAACAGCUGAUCUGGACGCCGGAAUGCGAAGUGGCGUUUGAGGCGUUGAAGGAGGCUCUGACAUUUGCUCCUGUGUUGGCGCGCCCCGACCCGACAAGACCAUUCGCACUGUACACAUUCUGGCAGCCUCAGGUGAUAUCGGCGGUGCUGACUCAGCACGACAAGGACAGAAGGGAGCACAUCAUUGAGUAUGCGUCCAAGACGCUGAGCCAGGCGCAGGCUAAUUACGAAGCGUGCAAAGGUGAAUGCCUGGCGGUGGUGUGGGGGAUUCAACAUUUCCGACCAUAUCUGUACGGCCAGAAAUUCGUGCUGGUUACGGAUCAUCAGCCGCUGCUGUCCCUACGCAACAACACGGACUACACGGGGAUGCUGGGCAGGUGGGCGGUGCGUCUGCAAGACUAUGACUUCGACAUCCGCCACCGUGCCACACGGCAGCAUGGUAACGCCGAUGGAUUAACGCGCCUUCUGCCGCCCAACAAGUGUCCCGCCAACGAGCGACUCAUUCCGUGGAGGCCAGAAGUCGCGGUGACGAAACCGCACGACGGGGAGUUACACAUGCUAAGGAGCAGGAUGAACCAUCGCCAGUCGGAGCAUGAGCCCCUCAAGCAUUUCCAGACACCGCUUGCAGAUCGCCUAUUGCGGCAUCGGUUCAAGGAGGAGAGGCAGUUGCGGUACGACAUUCAGCAGGUGAACGUGCCGGCGCCCGGGGUUGCGGAUUUGGCGGCGUACUCGCUGCUUUGCGAUCGGCUGACGUAUGCGGGGGUGUACGUGGACGUGACACAGUUGCCUGGACGGGAGACGACCCGAGUAUUCAUUGAGUUCCGCGCGCUCCAAGUGGCACCCAAUUUCGUGCACAGCGUCGCCACCUUCAUCGGAUACUUGACGAUCCUACCGCAGCCGAAUCGGGAGCCGACGUGCAGCUUUGUGCACGAAUACGCGCUCACGGAGGGCCCUUACCCCAUGCGCGAGUUCUCGGAGUAUUUGGUGGAACUAAAUGACGUGGAGCCGCUGCCCUUCGCCGACGAAGACGCGUGGGAGUUGCACCGUGUGCUGUACAAGUCGGUGGCGCUGGGGAUGUUCCGGUUCUUCGUGGAUUACGAAGACCAUGCUAUCGGGGAGCACUUCGUUGUUUACUACGUCAUCGCGCGGCCCAAGCCAGCGGAGAAGGAAGGGACGGUGGCGCUGUACCCCUUCGCCCAGCUCCAGACAAUCGAUCCGGGAUUGUUGCAGCUCCUACAUCUUGAGCUCCUCUCCAUUGCGCAAGUGAUCGCGAGCGAGGAGGAGGAGAUCCAACCACGAUUGCGGACGGCGACGGCCCCGCGGAGAACGUACAACGCGGUCGUCAUCCCGGAUUACAUUGCGCAACGCGUGGAGAGAUUGGAGGACUUCCCGGAGGAAAGGCCGUUGCGUCCUCCCUUGUCGUAUCCUCGACCAGCGCCACCGAAGGCCCCCAAGAAGACGCCGAAGAGGAAGAGACACCACCCGUCGCCAGGAGCGCAAGGCAGCAGGAUCGGCGGCGGCGAGGAGGUGAUUCAGCCCGCGCGUACGUGGAUUCCAGACCCUGUGCCUGGGAGUGCGGCGACGCUCGUUAAGGAGACUAUCGUGCCAUCGCCGCCCAUUCCGCGUGUGCCCGAUCUCAAUCUUGAUGGAGCCGGGCCAUCAGCAGCAGCAGCAGCCGGAGGAGGAAGCCGAAUGGGAUUUCCGAAUCCCAUAUCCAGACCCCCCGUCCUCGCGGGACCUUUCCGUAUGGCGUCUUCUCCUUCUCCUGCUUCUCGACGUUCCUCAAUUUUUGUUGGAGCCAUUGACCAAGGAACAACAAGCACGCGUCUCAUUCUGUACGAUGAGUCCAGGAAGGCCGUGGCUUCCCAUCAGCUUGAGCACAAACAGAUCUGCCCGAGAGCUGGCUGGGUGGAACAUGAUCCAGUGGAGAUCAUUAAGAACACACRCAUAUGUAUGGAGCAAGCCAUGGCAAAAGCUCGAUUGAAAGGGCUGCGCGUGGACGGGCGAGUACGCAGCAGUGGUAUAACAAAUCAGAGGGAGACGACAGUAACAUGGAGUCGGUCCACUGGAAGACCCCUGCACAAUGCCAUUGUGUGCAUGGACAUCCGAACAAGUGCCAUUUGCAAAACGCUCGAGCAAGAGUUGGAAGGAGGGAAGGAGCACUUCAGACCCAUAACUGGAUUGCCAAUCACCUCAUACUUCAGUGCGGUUAAGCUGAAGUGGUUGUUGACGAAUGUGAGGGAGGUAAAGUCUUUGGCAGAUGCUGGUGAUGCAUUGUUUGGCACCAUUGAUUCUUGGCUAAUAUGGAAUUUAACCCGCCGUUUACCUGCAUACGACACGUUGGUGUCACCGCCGUCAUCUCCGCCGUCAUCUCCACCGUCAUCUCCACCGUCAUCUCCUUCAAAACCUAAGAGAACAGUUUUUGUUGUUGCCGAUGCGAUUCGUAGUAGUACCAGCGGAGGAGGGGGAGGAGAGGGAAGGGGAGGAGAAGGGGUUCAUGUGACAGAUUGCUCAAAUGCAUCAAGAACAAUGUUGAUGGAUUUGAGAAAGAUGACGUGGGAUGCAGGAAUAGCAGACGCAYUGGGUAUUCCAAUGGGCAUGCUGCCGAAGAUAGUGAGCAAUGCACAGGUCUAUGGAGUGGUAGGAAAGGGGUGGCCUCUGGAAGGAGUACCUUUGGGGGGUUGCUUGGGUGAUCAGCAUGCUGCUCUGUUAGGUCAGUUGUGCACAAAAGGUGAAGCCCAGAGCACUUACGGAACCGGAUGCUUCAUCUUGUUAAACACAGGGGACUCGAUUGUCUCAUCCAGACAUGGCUUGCUUACCACCAUGGGUUUCAAGUUGGUACCGAAGGCAACACCGCAGUAUGCUUUAGAAGGCUCGAUAGCUAUUGUUGGUUCAGCUGUGCAAUGGCUAAGGGACAACCUAGGCAUCAUAACCAAGGCCUCCGAUGUGGAGGCCCUCGCCAACUCUGUAGCAAACACAGGGGGUGUAUAUUUUGUACCUGCUUUCAGCGGUUUGUUUGCCCCGUGGUGGCGGGAGGAUGCACGAGGAGUCUGUGUAGGCUUGACGAGGUACUCUACCAAGGCACAUAUUGCCAGGGCUGUGCUUGAGGGCAUUUGUUAUCAGGUGAGAGCUGUAGUGGAUGCUAUGCGGGAAGACCUCGGGCGAAGGAAAAGUGCUCUUACUGACAAGAGGAAGGAGAAGAAGGAGAAAGAGGAGGAGACAGAAGAGGAGGACGAGSAGGAACCUUUUAUGUUGAGGGUGGAUGGAGGUGCGUCGCAAAACAACCUGCUCAUGCAACUGCAAGCCGAUCUGCUUGGCUGCUCGGUUCUCAGACCAAAAGAUCCAGAGACCACAGCCCUGGGGGCAGCCAUAGCAGCCRGAAUUUCUGUAGGCAUGUGGACAGAGGAUCAGGUUUUUGCUUCAGGGGCUCUGCAUCACCAUGAAAACAUCGUUCAGAGCAAAAAUGACACUGGGGCGAAGUCUAGCAUGAGUACAAACAAAAGCAACAAGGAAGUGGGCGMGAGCAGUGUUGCAGUGUUUCRACCRCAUAUUUCUGAUGAGCAACGGCAGAAAAGAUAUGUGUCAUGGACACGUGCAGUUGAGAGAUCGAUGAACCUGGCAGACUUGUACUGACAUUAUGUGAAGACUCGUUUGAUUUGUCCUGCUCAGCGUAUCCCCUGCACCACUACCAAAGUCACACUCAGGCUCUUUCUGUGGGGCUAGGGAUGUUGGACCUGCAUGCCACACUAUUUCUCUUCCCUCAACCACCCUCCGCACCUUGACCCCCCCUUCCACCUCUCCCAUGUUUCUUUUCUACCCUUGUGCUUUUCUUGAUCUUGAAAAUUGGGUGCAUUUUUUGAAUUUUCCAUUCCAUUGCUGCGCAGGGUGCAACCCGGCAAUUGAACAUUUUUGCAGCAUUAAUUUGGAAGCAACUCCAGCUCUGUUUCCUUGCCAAAGUGAUCUACUGCUACUGCAUACUACUGGGCCAAUUAUGCUCUCAUGUGUGAAGGYGGCGGCUUGGAUGAGAGAUCACUGAUAAGCCUUGUGUGGGCUAAGAAGUUGGUUCAUARGKACCAAACUAUCUGGUCCUCAUGCAGCUAUAUGAUAAACCAGAUACAGCUCC